UUUAUUUUUUUUCCCCAAGGUUUUUCAGUGACGGUUUGGUUUUUAAGUGUGAUGCCUAAAAUGCUGCCCCUGUAGUCAAUCACUGUAUCUGAAACAGCCAUAAUUUGAUAAUCAUAUUCAUUAUGCUGUAUAGUGGAAUCAAGGCAACUCCAGCAUGGACUCAACGGCACAGAUAUUGGAGGAAAACUUAGAGACGAUUUUGAAGGGUGAGGGACUCGAGGUGAGAGAGUUUGAUUCAGUCCCUGAACAAGUGAAGCCUGUCACACUGAGGAAAAGCGUGUGUUACAUUGUCAGCGGAGUUAUCUUCAACUCAAAGGAUGAGGUGUUAAUGGUUCAGGAGGCAAAGAUGGAGUGUUAUGGCAGAUGGUAUCUCCCUGCGGGUCGUAUGGAGGAGCGUGAAAGCAUUGUAGAGGCGCUGCAGAGGGAGGUGAAGGAGGAGGCGGGAAUAGACUGCCAGCCAAUCACACUGCUGAUGGUUCAAGAACAAGGACCAAAGUGGGUUCGCUUCAUCUUCCUUGCAGAGGAAAAAGGUUAGAAUGAGUGACUGACUAUAGGGCAAAAUUAUAUUUAAAAAAAAAAUAGUAUUGCAAUAUCACAGUGCGACUGUUAAAUAUCCCAGACUGUGAUUUAAUUAUAUGCUACUGGUUUCGGAGUGAAGUGUGGCAUU